GGGCUUCGAGACCACGCGGAGCGGAGGAGCCCUUCUGUGCUCCUCGAGCAGUCGGUGCUUCUCGUUCACACCGGAGAUUAAUCAGCUGAUAGAUCGGUUAGCGACUGACUGUGUGAAACCGAGCGGCUGUGAUAUUUUCACCGACAGUAUUUCUUAUAUUUUGUUCCUCUGUAAUGUGAGUGUGAUGAAGUGAAGAUGGCCAAGCGACCGGGGACCGACGACGGGAUGCUAACUUCGCCGACCAUGCUCCGGGAUUUUGUCGCCGAAAUGAACACCGGGGACAUGAACAUGGAUAGCUGCGAGGGACCCGUUGACUUAUCACUGGAAGAAAUAUUAUCUCUGUACAGUCAGCCGAUCAACGAGGAGCAGGCUUGGGCUGUCUGCUACCAAUGUUGCCGAACUCUAGCGCAGACACAACGGAGAAAAGGCUCCAAGUCUGCUGCUGGUGCCUCGGCUGUCGUUUACCCGAGAAGGAUUGAGGGACCCGGGGAUGUGAGGAUCUGGAGAGACGGGACUGUUAAACUACACUUUGAAGACGGCACAGAUAAAUACAGCUUGGCCCCUACGUCAUUAGAGGUAAUUGACUCGCUAGGUAUCAUGAUCUACAAAGCUCUGGACUAUGGCCUCAAAGAAAACGAAGAGCGCGAACUCAGCCCACCGCUGGAGCGCCUAAUCGACAUGAUGACCAACAUCCAGGAAACAGAGAGCGACUCCUGUCCUGAUGAAGGCUACGAAGCCACAGAGGAGGAGGAUGAGUGUGAGGAGGAAGGAGAGGAGGAAGAGGAGCUUGUUUGCACUACCAGCACUUGUACGGUCACAAGCAUUCGCAGCUAUCGAGACAUCAUCAUGAUAUGUUCUUCCCACCUGCCCAGCCCAUCAGACGCCCCUAACCAUUACCAGGCCGUGUGUCGUGCUCUCUAUGCAGAGACAAGGGAGCUGCGCACCUUUCUGGAGAAGAUCAAGAGUGCCAAAGAGAACCUUCGGAAGAUGGAAGGUGAGACUCGGGAGGACCCUUCAAAAGACCUGGAUGAGCUGCAGAAUGCAGACUGGGCAAGGUUCUGGGUGCAGGUGAUGCGAGAUUUACGAGAUGGCGUGAAGUUGAAGAAAGUUCAGGAGCGCCAGUACAACCCACUAGCCAUCGAAUACCAGCUCACACCAUACGAGAUGCUGAUGGACGACAUCCGCUCCAAACGCUACAAGCUGCGAAAAGUCAUGGUGAAUGGAGACAUCCCACCGAGGUUGAAGAAGAGCGCGCAUGAGGUCAUUCUUGAAUUCAUCAGGUCGCGACCACCGCUCAACCCUGUCGCUGCCCGCAAACUGAAACCCCAACGCCCGCGUCCCCCGAGCCUCCACGAGCGACUCCUGGAAGACAUCAAAGCUGAGAGGAAGCUGAGGCCCGUCUCACCGGACAUAAUCCGACGAACACGCCUGGUCAUGCGACCUCUUAGCAUGUCUUACAGUUUUGACUCAUCAGGUGCAGGGAAAAGCAUCAGCACUCCUCAGGACUUAUUCCGCAGCACAGACACUCCUGAUGCACCCAGGAAGUUGGCCAUCAGCACCCAAUCUUUGGCCAGUGGUACCACGGGACCCAACCAAGCCGGAGUGCUGCCGCUGAGUCAGAGGAAGAGGCUGCUCAGAGCGCCAACAUUGGCCGAGCUGGAUAGCUCUGAAUCUGAUGAUGAACCCACACGGAGCAGCUCCAGUAUGUCCACAUCUUUACUAGAUGAUACAUCACCAGAAUCUGUCAUAGGAAAGAAGGCUCCUCCAAAGUUCCUGCCCAUCUCUGCCACGCCCCAGCCCGACAAGCGUCAGUCUCCUCAGAGGAGACACUCCAUAGAGAAGGAGGCCCCCACCAGUGUUCGCCCUUUUGCACCUCCCUCUAGACAGAGCUCCAAGUCUUUGCAGAGAGCGGAUCCCAGAGCUGAGGAGGAGUUCUGUUACCCAGUGGAGUGUCUGGCUCUGACGGUGGAGGAGGUGAUGCACAUCAGACAGGUUCUGGUCAAGGCAGAGCUAGAGAAAUUUCAGCAGUACAAAGAAAUCUACACAGCCCUCAAGAAAGGAAAGCUUUGCUUUUCAUGUCGGACCAAGAAGUUCUCCCUCUUCACCUGGUCCUACACCUGCCAGUUCUGCAAAAGGCCGGUGUGCUCCCAGUGUUCUAAAAAGAUGCGUCUGCCAUCCAAGCCUUACUCCACCUUACCCAUCUAUUCUUUGGGUCCGAGCGCUGUGGCUAAAGACGAGGCAGGUGGAGCAUCUGCUCCUCCUGAUCCAGAAAAGAACCCAUUUGGGUCCGGACAGGGCAGACACAGCCUGCGCAGAAGUGUUUACAAGUUUUCUAAGCACAGCAGCAAAGAAGGCCGCUCACACGAUGAGCCCGAGCUGCCCAAGGAGCUGACGGAGGACUGGGCCACCAUGGAGAUUUGCGUAGACUGCAAAAAGUUCAUCACGGAAAUCAUCUCCUCCAGCAAGCGCAGCCUGUGUGUCGCCACAAAGCGUGCCCGUCUCAACCGAAAUCGAAAAACCCAAUCCUUCUACAUGUCCUCGUCUAACUCGGUCAACUUCAGGCCGUCUGAACGCGCCAUCAGCGAAGUGUAGAAACUCCUUGUGCACUUUUGUUCACACCCAGAGAUAGGUCGUCCAGUGAAAAUAUCAAGCCGUCCUCUUAGUGUAGAUUUUUACACGGAUUGGUUCGCUGUGGCAAUAGAGCCAGUCCACCCCACCCCAAAGCUAGUGAAGGUUUUUUAACCUUACUCCGUCUCAGGAAAAGUUGGCAUGCUAUAUUUGGUCAUGACUGGUCAGGACAGUAGCUGCCAGAUUACAAAGGAGAGCCAUGUUUGUUUAAGUCUGAUAAUACAGGGCACGCUGUGUUACAUGAAAAGAUGGAGCUGUAGAUGUUAUGGACCUUAAUUUACACUGCGGCCAUUUUCCUCUGACCUCGCAGGGCGAGAAGCUUCAAUGCUGAUAUCAUGGCAAACUACUGUUUUCAGAUACUAAUCUGUAAAGGUGUAGAGUUUCUUCAUAUUGUAGUCAAUUCUCUGCUUCAAAAAUGUAUCAGCUACAGAGACAAUAAACAAUGAAAAUCUGGAGGGAAAUUUGUCAAUUUUCAGGAUAAAACAACAUAUAGGAUAACUUUUUAGCCACUUAUAGAAAAUAGCUAAUGCGAGCAUAUCGGCAUUUCAAAAUGAUAUGUCAUUAGCUGACAUUAAAUUUGCUUUUAUAUAAGUAGUUAUUUGUUCCAAGCUAACAUUAUGUUAGCUAGAAAUGUAAUGAUACAUUUUUUAUUUAUUUCUUAAUAUUAUUGUUAAGUAAUUGUACAUGAAACAUAAGGAAAGCUUGAAGUCCCAGCUAACAUAACAAUAGCUUGGACACAGAACUAGUAAAUGUGCAAGCUAGCUUGCCUAGUCUUGGUUGACAUUAUUUAGGAACUACUUUAAGCUAGCAUUAGCUAUUGUGCUAGGUAGCUAAUGGGUUAGAAAAUAUGUACCAUAACUUUUUAAUGUGGCCAGACUUUCACUGUCACUUUUCUGUUUAGUUGCUAAUUUAUCAAGAAAUGAUAAACUGAUAACAUUUGUCAAGUACCUUUUAUUCUAUACCACUUAUAACCUGGAAUACAGUAGUGUGCCAGGAACACAGCUUUGAACUUCCUUGGAAAAAGGCCACUUUGUGAAUUUGAUAAAAUGUUAUAAAAGAAUGUUUGUUUGACAUUGGAGUAAGAUCAGAUGGAGCAGAAAAGCAGAAAGCUGCAGUGAUAAACAUGUAAAUAGUACAAAAGCCCAUCCCUAAUCCAGUUAUCCAGCUCCUGUUUACUUAUAGCACUCAGGAUAAACAACAGAUUGUCUUUUGACAGAAAAUGCACUGUACAUCCUGCUGUCAGGUCUGUUGGGGUAGAUCUCCACCUCUCCCCAGCCCCUCCCAUCUUCUUCCAGUAACAAUUAUGCCAAAUGUUACAUCAUUCAUUUUUCUAGCCAGUUAAACUCAUUCACAAUGUUUUCUCAUUAUGCUGUAGGGACGGAGUGAGAUAUUUUGUGGGUGGGUAUUUAGUUUUUAAUGUAUAUUCAAUUCUGUGCCUGGUGCCAAAAUGUAAGUCUUUCUUUGAAUGCCUUUUGUAGUUGCGGACCUACUGUACAUAUGUGUCAUAAACUCAAUGGGAGACAUUUUUAAGGUAAUCCGAGGUAACGUGUCCGGUCCUCUCCUGUUCCAAGCUGAGCAGUAGAAGCACAGAAAUGUAGGGUUACCAGUGUGUACAUGCUGUAUAUCUUAACUGUUUCAAAUUUAAUAUAAAAAUAACUUAACUUUUUAGAAGUAUGAUUUAACCAUGCUUACAGAUUUAUGUUUGUGUCAUGAAAUUAAGAUUUUAUUUCUAUUGUAUAGUUUAUAAAUUCCUCAGUGUUAAAAUUCUCCUAAAAUCGCACUUUUAUUUGAACAGUUUAUUGUUUAUGUUGGGUUUAUUGUCUUAAUUAUUAACAAAAGUUAUUAGAAUAUCUGUUUUUCAUCUCUUGGGGGUCCACUGUGCCAUUUCCCAGGGUUCCUUGUGAAUGACUGUAUGUGUGAAUGGUUGUUGGAAAUAAUUAAUAGUGAAAAAAACCCACUCAAUUUAAUUGAAUGUAGGCAUUUGAAGUGUAUAACUGUCAUUGAAUAUGCUUUAUGAACUCUUACUUGCUUUAACAAAAUAAAUGGCACACAAACGUUCAUAUAGUGUCUUGUGACAGUUGUAAACAAAUGAAAACAAAUGAACAAGAUAAUGUUAAAAAAGAUACUAUGUUCCACAAAAAACAUCCAUGUUAGCCAGUUUUCUUUUAGACCUCUGUAUGGAAUGUAUGCAUGCUGUACUGUGGUCUGUUUUUAUCAGAGAAGUUCUAAUAAAAUCCUCAUGAUUCUCAA